CCAUUCUCUUUAGUGUUUGCCCUGCUCUCCCAAUGUCCACCUCCUCACCGCCCGCGUUUCGAUAUAUAAAUCACACAGACUGACUCUUCAAACUGAAGGUUAGCGAAAGCAAACGAUAGUGAACCAACGUGUAGUAUGGAGUAACUUUAAAAGCUGAACAAAAGGAACGACGAGGCAGAGCUUACAUCCAGACGUCCUCAGUCAACAGUUCCUCCCACCUCGCCAUUCACCAUUGCUGCACUACAAAGCUCUCAUCUUGACCUCUGCCUAAGAUAGACUAAUCUAUACCAACGAAGAUGUCCCAGCUCCAGCUCCAGUUUCAGUGUCCGGCUAGCCCCAUGCCUGCUGCCUGUGGCCCACUGCAGCUGGGGCAGCCACAGUCUUGCUACAGCAUCCCCUGUUCAUCAGGCACUCUCCCCUCGGAGAGCGCCAGCCAGCCCAUCAGGAGCUCGGCUCUCCCUGCAGGCUCAGCCACUCCCUAUAAUACCACCAUAGUAUCUAACAUGGCAAACCCUAAAGAGAAGACCCCCAUGUGUUUGGUGAAUGAGUUAGCCCGUUUCAACAAGAUUCAACCGGAGUAUAAGCUGCUGUGUGAGCAAGGACCAGCUCACUCCAAGGUACUAGUCAUUUUUACAGAGAAACAAUGCUGUUGUGUCACAAGUUCUUGCCACAGUGAAGGCCAAUCUAUUGUAUUUCCUGUCUCCUGUGUCUGUCAGAUUUUCUCAGUUAGGCUCACACUGGGAGAUCAGCACUGGGAGGCAGAAGGGACAAGCAUCAAGAAAGCCCAGCAUUCUGCAGCUGAUUCUGCCCUUACUGAGACGACACUUCCCAAACCCACCGUGAGAACGCCCCGCAACACAGGCAAGCACCCAGAUGGCAUGACACACACCAUGGAGUUAAAUGCACUAUGUAUGAAGCUUGGUAAAAAGCCUAUGUAUAAACCCAUCGACGCAUAUCCGGGGAUGAGACCACCAAACUUCAAUUACAACGUCCGGGCUCCAGGACCUUACCAGCGCUCUAUGCAACAGUACUAUUACCCAUUUCCUCCUGUGGGGCCAAUGAUAUACCAUAUGGAGCUUUCCAUCGGAGGCCAGCAGUUUACAGGGAAGGGACGCACGCGGCAGUUGGCCAAACACGAAGCUGCGUCCAAGGCCCUAAAAGUGCUUCAUAAGGAGCCAAUAUUGCAACAGUUGCCAGUGAUGAACGGAGAGCCCGAGGAGGAGAACCUCAACAAAUCAGAAAUUAGUCAAGUGUUUGAAAUUGCACUGAAACGCAAUUUACCGGUCAACUUUGAGGUUUUAAAAGAAGAAGGCCCUCCCCAUAUGAAGAGUUUUGUAGUGCGCGUUACAGUUGGGGAGUUUCCUGGAGAGGGCGAAGGAAAGAGUAAAAAAAUUGCCAAGAAGCUAGCAGCAGCUGCAGUGCUGGACGAGUUGAGGAGGCUACCCCAUAUACCCAGUGUGGAAAAGACACUGCCACGCAUCAAAAAGAAAACAAAAUCCAUCAUUAAGCUGCAGACUAGCCCAGAAUAUGGCCAGGGAAUGAAUCCCAUCAGCCGCCUGGCUCAGAUCCAGCAGGCCAAGAAGGAGAAGGAGCCAGAGUACAGCAUGGUGACAGAGAGAGGUCUACCUCGUCGCAGGGAGUUCGUCAUGCAGGUGACAGUGUGCGACCAGACUGCCGAAGGAAUGGGACCGAGUAAGAAAGUGGCCAAGAGGAACGCAGCAGAGAAGAUGCUGGAGCUCUUGGGAUAUAAAGUGCCUCAGCCUCAGCCUCCGAAACCGGCACUUAAAACAGAUGAAAAGACCCCAGUGAAAAAACCUGGUGAUGGGCGCAAAGUGACCUUUUUUGAGCCUGGCUCUAUCGAGGAGGUGGCAUUGAGUUCCAAGGAGGAGGACUUCCGCCUGCCUUACAUCAGUCGCCAGCAGCUGCCUGCAGGUAUCCUGCCCAUGGUCCCUGAAGUGGCUCAAGCACUCGGGGCCUUCCACACAUCCCAGGCGAAGGACUACAGUCGAGCUGUACCCAACCCAGGCAAUGCCACAAUCACUGCCAUGAUUGCCAACGAGCUGCUCUACACAGGGACGUCACUAACUGCUGAGACUAUCCUAAAGAACAAGAAUAAUCUGAACCACCUUCCCCACGGACCCCUCACCAGGCCUUCAGAACAGCUCGGCUUUCUUGCAUCGGUGCAAAGCCUGCAGGUGGAAUACAAAGAUUUUCCCAAAAACAAUAAAAAUGAGUUUGUAUCACUCAUUAACUGCUCCUCCUAUUCACCGCUCAUCAGUCACGGGAUCGGGAAAGAUGUAGAAUCCUGUCAUGAUAUGGCCGCAUUGAAUAUAUUGAAGCUGCUGUCAGAGUUGGAUCAACAGUCAAGUGAGAGGACAGGAAAUGGACCAGUGUCUCGAUGUGGCAAACAGGAAAUGGAGGGUGAGCUGCGCCUCAAACAAGCUAACUCGAGCACACUGGCACAGACCCUGGACGGCACUGUUUAGAUGAUCCCGGUUGGUGGUCUGUAAAAGCACGAGAGAAAACUCAGACACUGUUAUUAGUUUUAGAAGGCUACAGGAAGCUCCGGGCGGUGUAGACUCUAAACCAUCACUCUUCAUAUUCAUCGUUCCCAAACGGUCACAGUUAAACAAGAUUGAUAGGAACAAAUAGCUUCCUCAGCUUGAUUUUGUUUAAUUGUACACAUUAUUUAUUUGUGUUGCUUUGUAGAAGAAGUAGCUGCAUCCUAGUCAAUGAGUUGGGGGGGGGGGGGUUACCGUGUGGAGAAAAGAAGAAGCAAUUAACUGUGAAUUCUGUUCUGUUUUGCUUCGAACUGUUUUUCCUCCUGUAUGAUCUUCUAAUUCUUGUUUUUAAGUAUUUUUACAUGUCAUCCCCCGCUGUUCAUUAAACAAGCUGUUGUCAAGGUCUGACCUCUUCUUCAUCUACGGUGCAUCUAAUGAACCUCUGUUGAUUUUCCUAGAGUGCUUUGUAACAACAACCACAAGGGAAGGGUUAUUGACAUUUCCGUGUCGGGCUGCGAAUCACUUGUGACUAAAUGUAGCGUAUGAUGUCAUGUGAAGUUGUCUCUGCUGUGUGUCAACGGGGACGCGUCCCUGUUGCAUUAGUUUCCGAUACUCCACUUCCCUCCCUUAUGUCAACCUCCCUUCUCUCUGCUCCCCGUGGUAAUUAAACUUCCGUGCAUACGUGCACAAAGCAAA